UCACGAAACUGCCCACAUACAUAGUAUCAGGAUCAUUUCAAUAAAGAUCCAAUAAAAAUUCGCCAAUCGAUAAAUGUCCAUGGUCGACAGAACUUGUGAAAAUGUGGUUUCUCGUUCUAAGUUCUCUACUCGCGCUUUGUAGUGCACAAUCCUAUAGCGGCUGUGGUUACACCUACAGUUAUACUUCGAACUUCGUCGGAUACGUCCAAUCGCCGAAUUGGCCCAACUAUUACAAGGCUGGUACGAACUGCCGAUUCACCAUCACGGCCCCCGCACGGCACUAUCUUUACGCUCAGUGCUACGACAUGUAUCUGCCUUCCAGCUACGGCUGCUACUACGACAAAGUCCUGGUCUCCCCCAGUGGAGGCAGCACGUUAGCCGAUGCACAGGUCCGAUGCGGCACGACACCGUUCAACAUUGCUUCCACCGGCAAUAAGAUAGUGAUUGCACUGCAAACUUCAACGUCAUCGACGGGCGGACGCUUCCGGUGCCAGAUUACUGCCGUUCCGGUGAAAUGUGAUUGUGGAACACGAUUGACGCCUUUAAUUGUAGGUGGCGAAUCAACGCAACCCAACGAGUACCCUAUGGCAGCAGCUAUUAUCGAAGUUUCAUCAAAAUCUCUAGUAUGCGGUGCAACCAUAAUUACCGACCGACACGCCUUGACAGCAGCCCACUGCAUCUCCGGACGUUCGAUCUCCAAUACCGCACUGUUGGUGGGUGACCAUAACAUAAAGACCGGAACUGACACCGCCUACGCCAAACUGAUGCUGAUUUCAACUUUCACCAUCAAUACGGCCUACAAUGCCCAAGCCAAAACCAACGAUAUCGCACUGGUUCGAACAACCGAUCAGAUUGUCUUCAACGCUGGCGUUAACCGAGCCUGUCUGCCGUAUAUUUACUCGACGUCAACCUUCAAUGGCGUCUACCUGACUACCCUCGGUUGGGGUACGCUGGACUUCGGAGGUGCCAUGGCGACUGAUUUGCAAAAAGUAGCGCUUCAGGUCACACCUCUGGCAGACUGUCGGUCAAAACUCUCUGGAAUGAACACAGUUCAGGAUAGCCAAAUCUGUACCUAUACCGCAGGUAAGGAUAGCUGUCAGUACGAUUCGGGUGGUCCGAUGCUGUACGUGGACGCAACUGGAGGCAAAGCGUACGCUGUUGGAGUGAUCAACUACGGAAUCACGUGCGCCUCGAAAUAUCCUAGCGUAAGCGCCCGCGUUACCUCCUACUUGAGCUGGAUCGAAACCAACACUGCCUUCAGCUUCUGCGAAAAACCGUAGCGCAAAUGUAUCACGUGCGGAUUUGAAGCAGAAAAAUAAAACAGAUUCGAAAUUAAAAGCGGUUUUUAAAAAUAAUUACUAGUGAAAGGCUCUCAUUAGGAAUUCCGUUCGCACAGUUGAAACAUCGGCAACCGUCGUCGGUGGCAGCAGUGCGAUAAGAAAUGAAUUACAUGCCUUGGGUUGUCCGGUAGUAUGCAUUCCAUGUGCUUGGCAUUUCUACUGUUCUGCUGUAUCGCAGCAACUAGUCGUGAUACGGAUAGCAUGGGGGCUAUUCUCUGUUUGUUUUCGCUUGCUUAUCAAUUUGGAUGCAGCACGAUACUGGUUUGGA